GGCUGGGCGUCCGCCAUCUUGGAUCCGCGGGAGCGGUGGCGGCGGUGAGGUGCCGAUCCUGCGGAGCGGCUCUCCUCCCCUCCCCCGCUCGGUGGCGGCGGCCCCUCCCACUGAGGGUGGCGCAGCGACGGUGCCAUCUCGACCAUGGCGGCGACUACGGCUAACCCAGAAAUGACAUCAGAUGUACCAUCGCUAGGUCCCACCAUUGCUUCUGGAAACCCUGGACCUGGGAUUCAAGGUGGAGGAGCUGCUGUACAGAGGGCUAUUAAGCGACGAGCAGGGCUGGAUUUUGAUGAUGAUGGAGAAGGGAACAGUAAAUUUUUGAGAUGUGAUGAUGAACAGAUAUGCAACGACAAAGAGCGGUUUGCCAGGUCGGAUGAUGAGCAGAGCUCUGCGGAUAAAGAGAGACUUGCCAGGGAGAACCAUAGCGAGAUAGAGCGGCGACGGCGGAACAAGAUGACGGCGUACAUCACAGAACUGUCAGACAUGGUACCCACCUGUAGCGCCCUGGCUCGGAAGCCAGACAAGCUGACCAUCUUACGAAUGGCCGUUUCCCACAUGAAGUCCUUGAGGGGCACUGGCAACACAGCUACCGACGGCUCCUACAAGCCUUCUUUCCUCACCGAUCAGGAACUAAAGCAUUUGAUCUUGGAGGCAGCAGACGGCUUUCUGUUUAUUGUUUCAUGUGAGACUGGCCGGGUAGUCUACGUGUCUGAUUCAGUGACGCCUGUUUUGAACCAACCACAGUCUGAAUGGUUCGGGAGCACACUCUAUGAUCAGGUGCAUCCAGAUGAUGUGGAUAAACUUCGAGAGCAGCUUUCUACUUCAGAAAAUGCCCUGACAGGGCGAAUCCUGGAUCUAAAGACCGGGACGGUGAAAAAGGAAGGCCAGCAGUCCUCCAUGAGGAUGUGCAUGGGCUCCAGAAGGUCCUUCAUUUGUCGGAUGAGGUGUGGCAGUAGCCCCGUGGACCCCAUUUCCAUGAAUAGACUGAGCUUUUUGAGGAAUAGGUGCAGGAAUGGACUUGGCUCUGUGAAGGAAGGAGAAGCUCACUUUGUGGUAGUCCACUGCACAGGCUACAUCAAAGCCUGGCCUCCAGCAGGUGUCUCCCUCCCAGAUGAUGACCCCGAAGCUGGCCAGGGGAGCAAAUUCUGCCUAGUGGCCAUUGGCAGGCUGCAGGUAACUAGUUCUCCCAACUGUACAGACAUGAGUAACAUUUGUCAACCGACAGAGUUCAUCUCUCGACACAACAUUGAAGGAAUAUUUACUUUUGUAGACCAUCGUUGUGUGGCUACUGUUGGCUACCAGCCACAGGAGCUGUUAGGAAAGAAUAUUGUAGAAUUCUGUCAUCCUGAAGAUCAGCAACUUCUAAGAGACAGCUUUCAGCAGGUGGUGAAGUUAAAAGGCCAAGUGCUGUCUGUCAUGUUCCGAUUCCGAUCCAAGACCCGAGAGUGGCUCUGGAUGAGAACCAGCUCCUUCACUUUCCAGAAUCCUUACUCAGAUGAAAUUGAGUACAUUAUCUGUACCAACACCAAUGUGAAGAACUCUAGCCAGGAACCACGGCCUACACUGUCUAACACAAUCCAGAGGUCACAGCUAGGUCCUACAACCAAUUUAUCCCUAGAGAUGGGUACAGGGCAGCUGGCAUCCAGGCAGCAGCAGCAGCAGCAGCCUCAGCAGCCAACAGAAUUGGAUAUGGUACCAGGAAGAGAUGGGCUGGCCAGCUAUAACCCUUCCCAGGUUUCUGUCCAGGCUGUGGCAACUCCAGGAGCAGAGCACAGCAAGCCCCUAGAGAAGUCUGACGGUCUCUUUGCCCAGGACAGAGACCCAAGGUUUUCAGAGAUGUACCCCACCGUCAGUGCAGAUCAGAGUAAAGGCAUCUCCUCCAGCACUGUCCCUGCCACCCAACAGCUAUUCUCCCAGGGCAGCUCAUUCCCUCCUAACCCCCGGCCGGCAGAGAACUUCAGGAAUAGUGGUCUGGCCCCUCCUGUAACCAUUGUCCAGCCGCCAUCAUCGUCUGCAGGGCAGAUGUUGGCCCAGAUUUCUCGUCACUCCAACCCUCCCCAGGGAUCAGCUCCUACUUGGACCCCUGGUUCCCGUCCAGGCUUCUCUGCCCAGGUGCCCGCCCAGGCCACAGCCAAGACUCGUUCUUCCCAAUUUGGUGUGAGCAGCUUCCAGACUUCCUCCUCCUUCAGCGCCAUGUCUCUCCCGGGUGCUCCCACUGGGUCACAGGGAGCUGCUGCCUACCCUGCUCUCACCAGCCGUGGCUCCAGCUUCCCUCCUGAGACUGGACAGACUGCAGGACAAUUCCAGACCCGGACAGCAGAGGGUGUGAGUGUCUGGCCACAGUGGCAGGGCCAGCAGCCCCAUCAUAGGUCCAGUUCCAGUGAGCAACAUGUUCAGCAGACGUCAGCACAACCACCUAGCCAGCCUGAGGUCUUUCAGGAAAUGCUGUCCAUGCUGGGGGAGCAGAGCAACAGCUACAAUGAAGAAUUUCCUGAUCUAACCAUGUUUCCCCCCUUUUCAGAAUAGAACUGUUGGGGUGAGGAUAAGGGUGGGGAAAAUCACUGUUUGUUUUUAAAAGCAAAUCUUUUGUAAACAGAAUAAAAGUUCCUCUCCCUUCCCUUCCCUCACCCCUGAUAUGUACCCCUGCAUCCCUUGACUCUGAAGUAAGAUAUCUAGAAAGAAGAAAUGAAAUGAAUUCCAGGCUUUUAGGGUCCUCUGAAAAUCGGAGGACAGGUGAGGUUAGUGGUCCUGUCCUUGUGUCUUCUUCCUAGAAGUGGCACAGAAAUGAUCUGUGCUGGAGUCGAGGGGCAGGGUGGAAGCACCUGGCAGCCACUAGUGGCCGUGGAUGCUGUGGCUGGUCUUGAGGAGAGGAGAGCAGGAAUGUCCUCAUAACUGAGGAUCCUGAAAUAGGACAGAUAUAUGUGGAGCUUUAGGAAGUGAGCAGUUCCCUGGAAAGAAGCAUGGAAGAGCAUGAACGUUUGUGUGUGAGUGUGUGUGUGUGUGUGUGUGUGUGUGUGUGUGUGUGUGUGUGUGUGUGUGUGUUCCUCUGUUCUGUUCUUUCUCCCUAUUAGGGAGUGUAUGCAGAGUUUGUCCCAGAUUUUCUUGUCUUUCUCCUUGCUCUUCAAAGAGUCCCAAGAAAUCAAUUUUUUCAGGUAUUUUUGUAUUUAGUGUUGCAGCCAAAGAGUAUUUAAAUUAAGUCUUUGCUGCACUUAGACCCAUGCCAGCCAAAAUGGAACUAUAGACCAACAGACAAUCUUCUGUUGAUAGGGUUGGUCUCUUACGAAACACAUUUGGUGAUCAAGCUGGAUUACUCCUGCUCUUUGGUGCUCUCAACUUAUAUGGAAGAUCUGCAGAUAUUACCAAAAUAGGCUGGCCAGAUAAACACUGUCCGAAACCCCAGACUUGCCCAUAGGAUAAUGCUGCAUUUCCUGUCAGAGUCACACGUGUGUUCUGGAGAGGUUAUUUCUGCAUGGAAACUCAACUUGUUGGACUAGCUGUCUGAGUGAAAGACCUCACCACGAGGGUAUAAACCAAAUAGGAAGCCCAUCUGCACUAGCCUCUCCAUCCUGUUGUCAAAACAACAUUUAGGUCUUCCUGAAGUCUGUCCUUGGCUCCCUCUCCAAACUUGGAUUUUGCUUUGGAGCAUAAAUGUGAGUCUACGUGUUAGUUGGGUCCUGGACUCAAAUCCCCACAGGGUCACUUGAUAAUCACAGCCUUAGAAAUGCAGAUAACAAGCUACUGCUUUCACCCUUCACCGUCCUCAGGUGCGUCUCAUAUUUCAGUAGUCUUUUUUUUUUUAACUGUCUCCUGUCCGUAUCUGAGUGAAAGAUUAUACUAAUGUGGAAAAGAUCUAUUAAGUGUAGUCAUAAGGGAUAAGGAGCCCAGAUGGAGAGGCUGAGGGUAUGUUAUGUACUAAAUUUCCCUCCAUCUGCCUCCAGCCUGGUGCCAGGCAGUAGAGUGGAAAAGGAGGCUAUUUUUUAUUGUGUGUGCACAUGUGCAGUAUACAUAUAUAUUUAUAUCACAAUUACAGAACCAAAAGGUUGAGUUUCCAAUGAAAUAUUUGUUUUUUAAUAAUCAACUUGUUUUUAAAUGUGAUCGGAACUAUAAUGUACAGUUGUUACAGGGCUUUUAAAGGGGUGGGAGGGAGAAGCUACUCUGAGGGGUUUGUUCUGCUUUUCCUUCAGGGUUUUAUUUUUGAUUGUUUUUUCCUUGUUGCCCAUCUGUGCUAAGCCUUACAGUGGCAAAAAUAAUGACAUGUAGCAAAGAUUUUUAAACAAAGUAUUUUUUCUUUUAUAAAGUUUA